AUGGCUGUGGGAAAUGCCAUGGAAAAUCUCCAGGAGGAAAUCACCUGCGCCGUCUGCCUGGAUUUCCUCCAUGAUCCAGUCAUGCUCCUGGGCUGUGGCCACAAUUUCUGCCACCGUUGCCUCGAUCGUUGCUCCGCGGAUGCCGCCGGGGCCGGUUCCUGCCCCCAAUGCCGUUUACCUUUCCCCUGCGGCAGCUUCCGGCCCAACCGGCAACUGGCCAACGUGGUGGCGGCUGUCCGGGAGCUGGCAACGCCGGUGGCGGAGGAGCUUUGCCAGCGGCACCGCCAACCCCUCACCCUUUUUUGUCACCGUGAUGGGAUCCUUCUCUGCACCUCCUGUGCCAAGCAUCGCGCCCACCCCGCCGUGCCCCUCGAAGAGGCUGCCCGCUCGACCCAAAAUCCCUUUUCCCGGUUACAGGAGCGGUUUGAAGCUUCCCUGAAAGCCCUGCAAAAGGAGGAAGAGCGACGUGCCGAGCUGGCGGCGACAGCGGACGAGACAAGACAGGAGAUGCUGACACGAGUCGAUGCCGAGAAGCAGAAGCUGCUGGUGGUGCUGGAAGGGCUUCGGCGGGCACUGGGCGAGCAGGAGUCGCAGUUCUCGAUCCGUCUCGGUCGCCUACGCCGAGGGCUGGAAGAGCAGCGACGUGGUGAAGCUGCCGAAAUGGCCUGGCUCUGGCAACGCCGCACUGAGCUCCAGGCCAAGUGCCAGCAACCAGACAACAUCUUGGGAUGCUCGCUGGAGGAAGACUCGGGGGGAUACCGGCGAGCAACCGUGACGCUGGGCCCGGCCACAGCUCACCCUCAAAUCCUGGUCUCAGCAGAUGGCCAGACUGCGGAGCGCCGAGAAUCCCCCUCAGCUCCUCUUCCCUCGGGAACGGAGCGUUUCGAGUCUCUCCGCUGUGUUUUGGGUCGGCAGGGCUUUGCGGGGGGCCGGCACCGCUGGGCUGUGGAGGUUCGUCCCGGUCCCGACUGGGCACUGGGGGUGGCUUGGGAAUUUGUGUCCCGUAAGGGUUGCUUCGGUCUCAGCCCCGAACAAGGGGUUUGGGCCGUGGGGCAAUGGCUGGGGCAGCUACAGGCUCUCACCUGGCCCAGCCCCACAUCUCUGCCCCACGACCGUGUGCCCCGACGAAUUGAGGUGGCUUUGGAUUACACCGGUGGGCGGGUGGCUUUCCGUGAUGCUGAGAGCGAGACCAAAAUCUUUGUCUUCCCCCCAGCUAUUUUUGCCGGCGAACGACUCCGGCCACUGCUCUGGCUGGGUGAGGGACCGACUUUGCUCACCCUCUGCCCCUGA